AUGUGUCGCAACGCGCACCUCGUGUGGUGCUUUACUACACAAUCCGAUUCUUAUGCCGCUGUUGAACCAAAUGGUGGUCAAAAAGUUCACGCAUUACCAUUUCCAAAUGGUUUCUAUAGAAUAAUCGUUCGUGGAAAUCAAACAAAUAAACAAUUAACAGUUAUAGAAGGUUUAGUGUAUAUUAAUGAAGGAGCUCGACUACAUUAUCAUAUGUAUGAAGAUGAAAUGUUUUUUGUUGUAAAUGGUAGUCUUCAAUUUUAUGUUGAUGGUAAACAAUUUUGUGCAAAUGCUGGUACAACUGUUUAUAUUCCACGCAAUGUAACACAAUCAGUUCGAAAUAUUAAUUCUAAACCAACUCAUGUUCAAAUAUUAUUUUUACCAUCAGGCAGAGAAGAUUUUUUGGAAAAAGUCAGUAUUAUUAAUGACAAUCCACCAAUUAAUGCUACACAAACAAAUCAUCUUGCUUUGCAAUAUGGACAAGUUAAUUUAGGUGAAGUAUCAAAAUGGGAAGAUCUCAAUUGUGUAUCGGAGGGUAGUGUUGUUGUUAAAUUAUCUUUUCAUUUACUGUUUUUAAUGUUUUUGAGUUUUGCUUUUAAUGUUUUGUUUUCAUAA